AUGGGUGACGAGAUCCUUAACAAAGGGCCUUCUUCGGUUCUGUUCGUCGGCCAUCCUAUGAUAGAUCUCUUCGCUCGUGUGGAUCAGUCAGUGAUUGAUGGCUUUAGUGUACCUAAGGGCGAAUCUAACAUAGUACCCAGAGAGGAAUUUGAACGCCUGAGUCAACUUGUGAAAGUUGAGGAAAUUACUCCAGGGUGUUCUUCGUCCAACACCGCCUUCGCUUACUGUUAUCUAGGUGGAGAUGCAUCGUACUUUGGUGUACUAGGUGAUGAUGACAAUGGCGAUUUGUUCGACAAACACCUUUCAGACAAUGGAGUCAAAGUCCUUACCAAACGUAAGAGUGGGCACUUCACCAGCCAAUUAUUGUCGUUGGUCACUCCAGAUACUGAACGCACUAUGUAUCUUAUGAGGGGUGCUUCUCAUGCGGUGAGUGAGGACGAUAUAAGCUGUGAUAUGCUCGACAAUUUCGACUACUACGCCGUGAACGGUUUCAUGUUUGCCACCGAGGAACAGGUUAAGAUCACCAACAAGAUGGUUGACGCUGCCCUUAGCCGUGGUAAGGGUGUCAUCACUCUCCUCGCCAACAGCUUUUGCGUUCGUCGUAACGCUGUCUACUUGAAACCAAUAGUCGAGAAAUCUGCCUAUAUAGCCGGUAAUAUUGAUGAAUUUUUAGAAUUGUCCGAGCUUCAAGGGAGGGCAGAGCUAUGUAAAGCUCUUGCCGCUCGCACAGCUGGGGACAAUCCUUUAAACAAGGCUUUUAUUGUAACCAUGGGUGUUGAGGGUGCCCUCAUCUUCUACCAUGGCAAGGAGUUUUUCGUACCCCCUACAGGAGCUAAUGCUAUUGACAGCACUGGUGCUGGUGACUUCUUUGCCGGAGCAAUGCUCUACGGUAUGCUUAAUGGAUGGUCAUUAAAGACAACUAGUCAAUUCACCAUUGCCAUUGUCGGGGACAUAAUCUCACAUGUCGGUACAUAUAUGUCUCCUGAAACCCGUGAAAAGGUUGAGCACAUCAAAGCCUCAUCUUCGACGCAACAUGGUUAA